AUGUCGUCGACCCCAGGUCUAGCGGCUUUUACGCCCGAGUUGUCUAAGAAAGCAACACAUCCAGAGCCCGCGGGCACAUGUACACGUGGGCCUGAUCUGGAGAAAUUGGGCAGAGAACGUCCAUCUCACUUCUCGAGUCCGUGGUCAGAACUUGCAUUUUGCUUCUCCAUUGUUAUGUCCCAGAUCUUAGCAGAAUUCUAUAUUACAGGAUCCAACCUUCUACUACCAACACUUGUCACGGAGCUGGGUAUCCCAGAAGCCUCCACAAUAUGGCCGACCACUGCUCUUUCCCUCGUGGUGUGUGCUACACUCCUCAUCUUCGGUCGCUUGACAGACAUGUACGGAGGAUACCUCCUUUACAAUGCUGGGGCGAUCUGGCUCACAAUAUCCUCAAUUCUUGCCGGCGUCUCAACCACAUCGCUUAUGUUGAUCAUCUGUCGUGCACUACAGGGCUUAGCCCUCGGAGCCCUCCUGCCGUCCGGCUUGAUGAUUCUGGGUAGCACGUAUCGCCCAGGUCCUCGGAAGAACCUUGUCUUCAGUAUCUAUGGCGCAUGUGCUGCUCUGGGAUUUUUUGCCGGCUUCUUCGUCUCUGGCAUCUGUGGCCAGUUCCUUACCUGGAGGUGGUACUUCUAUAUUGGCGCCAUCUUGUCUGCUAUCAUGGCUGCGUCGUCAAUUUUCUCGGUCCCCAGAGACUAUUACGAAAAGAAAAAGCUUGCCAUCCGUAUGGAUUGGCCUGGACUGGCCUUCUCUAUCACAGGCACUACGCUGUUCGUUUUCGCGAUUGCGGAUAGCUCGUACGCACCACAAGGGUGGCGGACACCAUACAUUAUCGUCUUCUUUGUAUUGGGUGUUAUAUUGUUGGGAGGGUUGGCUUAUAUUGAAGGAUGGGUUGUUCAAAACCCUCUGCUUCCAGGUGACAUUUUCCAAGUGAAGCAUAUGGCAGCCCUUGUCAUUGCUUUAUUGUUCCUUUAUGGUAGCCUGGGAAUUUUUCUUCUCUAUGGUGUUCUCUACAUGUCCGAAUUCAUGGGCGGAUCACCUCUUCAAAUUGUCGCCUGGACUGCUCCGAUGGGUGUGGGUGGCUUGAUUCUCUCCGCGACCGGUGGAUUCAUCCUACAUAAAGUAUCUGGAACACUCUUGAUGCUCAUUUCAUGUCUUGGAUACGUGGGCUCUGGACUGCUUUUUGCCAUCAUUCCGAUCGGUGGUAAUUAUUGGGCAUACAUCUUUCCGGCUAUGAUAUGCGGGACCGUUGCAAUCGAUAUCAGUUUCAACCUCGCCAAUAUUUUCAUCACUACCAGCUUGCCCAAGGCGAGACAAGGACUUGCAGGUGCUCUCAUCUACUGUACUAUGCAUUUGGGAAUUGCCGUCAUGCUUGGCUUUGCGGAUAUUGUUCAGACUCAGAUGAAGCAUCUUGGCGUUCGAGAGAGUUACAAAGCCGUUUUCUGGUUUCAGACGGGCUUGGCUAUUGUAGGGCUGCUUAUCGUUUUGCUUUUGGUGAGAAUUCGCCACGCAAAGAGUGAACUAACAGCCGAGGAAAUCCAGGCCGAGGAAACACAGAAGAGCGCAAGGAGAGAGAACGAGGAAGUUUGA